AUGGCAGAGAAGAACCACGAUCUUCUGGUGGAGACGACUCCUCAACCAGCAGCCUCUUCUGUUCACGAGGAAGAACCGUCCACCAGCGCUGCACCCCGUCGCUCAUCGCUUGCCAAGCUCACCGACCGCUUCAAGCACCACUCCGCCUCCAGUGCCUCCAGCAAAAAGGAGUUGGAGCUCACGCGACGCCGUCUUGAGGCUGUCAUGUUCUACGAGCAAAACCUUACCGAGAGAAUCAACGACACUCUGGCGGAUGACAAAGAUCGUGCCAAGGCGAGAAGUGAGAAGAAGGUCUUUGAUAGCAUGAGUCAGGACGACAAGGAGAUGUGGGUUGCGAACCGGAUAACUGUGAAGGAGGGAUGGGGUGCGGGGAUGUACGGAGAAGGGGCUUGUCCACCGGGAAUGUGGUAUAAGUGA